CACGGAUGGACCGAGUGGCGGUGGUGAAGUUGGGCGCGGUGGCCGGAGCCGGUGUUUGUGUCCUGUUCGGAGGCGCCGUAUUAGCACAAUAUAUAUUUACCAUGAAGAAAAAAGCGGGCCGCAAGACCAAGAUCAUCGAGAUGAUUGCAGCAAGGACGGCCUUAUAGAAACCUGUGCUCAUCUUGUGUUACAAACCAUCUGCAGGUAAACCAUUUGCAGCUGUUGUAUGCAAGUACUGUGGCUCUGGAUGUUGCUGGGCAUCGCUCUCGUGACUGCAGGACGGAGUCAAAGGUUAAUGAGGAGAAAAUAUGCUGCACUACACACACAGAUGCCAGAAUUCCAGAAAAAAAAUGUCCACAUUAAGGACCCUGAGAGAGUGGAAGAAAUCAUAUGCGGUCUUAUCAAAGGAGGAGCUUCCAAACUUCAGAUAAUCUCAGAUUUUGAUAUGACACUAAGCAAGUUCUUCCACAAUGGGAAAAGAUGUCCAACCUGUCACAAUAUCAUUGACAACUGCAAAUUAAUCUCAGAGGACUGUAAGAAAAAGUUAUUCCAAAUUAGGAAUAAGUACUACCCAAUUGAAGUUGAUCCAGCUAUUAGUGCUGAGGAGAAGUACCCUUUCAUGGUUGAAUGGUGGACAAAAGCUCACAAUUUACUGAUUGAACAAGGUAUUGAGAAAGGGAAACUGGCUGCGGUGGUGAGGGAAUCGGACGUGAUGCUGAGAGAUGGUUAUGAGCUGUUUUUCGAUAAGCUGAAUGAGCACAACAUCCCAGUAUUCAUAUUCUCGGCUGGUAUUGGGGAUGUACUGGAGGAGAUUAUUUCUCAGGCUGGCGUCUUUCACUCGAAUGUGAAAGUAGUCUCCAACUUUAUGGACUUUGAUGAGAAGGGUGUUCUGAAAGGCUUUAAAGGUGAACUCAUCCAUGUCUACAAUAAACAUGAUGGAGCCUUAAGGAGCUCUGAGUACUUCAACCAACUGAAGGAGAAUUGUAAUAUCAUCCUUCUGGGUGAUUCACUGGGAGACUUGAGUAUGGCAGAUGGCGUUCAAAAUGUUGAAAGCAUUCUCAAGAUUGGAUUCUUAAAUGAUAAAGUGGAAGAAUGUUUAGAAAAGUACAUUGACUCCUAUGAUAUAGUACUGGUGAAAGAAGAGACACUAGAUCUGACCAAUGCUAUCCUCCAGAAGAUUCUGUGAUGAGCACUGAAGACAUCCAGGCAUGUGGGAGGUUGAAACUGAAAUACUCUUCUACUUUUUGUGUUGUGUAAUUGAACAGCCCCAUUUAUUGAAAAUGCACAUUCUCCAACACCUGGUCCUGAAGAAAAUAUGUAUUCUUAAAGUUUGCACAGAAGUAACAUUGGUGUGUCCUCGCAGUGAAUAAAGGGAACUUUGCUGCUCCUUUAUGAAGAUAGGCAGUUAUAUAACUAUGUGAGCCACUGGCAGAUUUAAACUACCUCUAAAUGUAAUCGUUUAAAUUCUGGCUUUAACCUUUCAAAGCAUUUCCAUGUGUGUUAUUACAGUAUAUGCUGUUUAAUGAGGUUUUGAAUAUUGUAAGCUUGGUGUACUGAAUGGAUAAAUUUCCCACAUUAUAACUAUGACAGGUUCUAUCCAAGAGAUGAACACUGAGGCAGUUUUUAAAAUUUUUUGCAAAUGUUCUGUAGUUGUAGAUAAUUCUGAGGAUGCUUUUUGUUUAUUUGGUUAUAGUUUGUGUUGCCUAUUGAACAUUGUCAUCUGUAUAUUUUAAAAUUAAUGAUGUACAUGAAAGAAAUGGUUAUUCAGUACGUUAAAUUGGUGGAGAGUUUUGAACAUUGGGUCUGCUCUCUUAAAACACUUAAUUUACUGCAAUAAACUCUCCCACUCUA